AACUAGUUCUGUUUCCAGGAUGUGGUCAGGAGCUGUGCUCCGCCCACACUGCUGUUCCUCUUGCAAGAAGUUGUUCACCCAGCCGGAACCCACAGUUUUCAGCCUCUCUCGGAGAAGAUGGGUCGUUAAGGACCCUAAAGACAUUUGUUCUUUGUCCCCACGAGCAUCGAGCAAGAUGACCAUCUCCGUUGACUUUGAGGAGUGCCUGAAGGACUCCCCAAAGUUCAGGGCUUCCAUUGAAGGAGUUGAGUUGGAGGUGACGGAGCUUGAAGCCAAACUCGAGAAGUUGGUGAAGUUGUGCAGUACCAUGCUGGAGGCCGGUCGGACAUACAGUGCCAACACCAAGCAGUUUGUGAAUGGAAUCCGUGAUCUGGCAGUUCACUGCAAGGGUGAUGAGAUGAUGAGUGGGUGCCUGGAAAAGUUUUCCUGCAGCCUGAAUGAUAUGAUUGAGUAUCAAACAACACUCAUCGAUGUGACCCAGAAAUCAGUCAAACAACAUCUGUAUAAUUUCAUCAAGGAGGAUGUGAGGAAGUUUAAGGACACAAAGAAGCAUUUUGAUAAAAGCAGUGAGGAUCUGGAGAAUGCACUGAACAGGAAUGCUCAGGCAGCUCCCAAGAAGCAACAUGAGGUGGAUGAAGUCACCAGUGCCCUCCUGACAGCUCGCAGGGCUUUCCGCCACGUGUCGCUGGAUUACGUGCUCCAGAUAAAUGUCAUUCAAGCAAAGAAGAAGAAUGAGAUGCUACAUUUUAUGAUAUCUUUCAUGGAUGCACAGUCCAGUUUCUUCACUCAGGGCUACGAGACACUCCGGCAACUUGAUGCAUACAAGAAGAAACUUGCUGAGCAGUUGCAUCAGCUGGAGCUGAAUUCGGCACGGGAUAAGCGGGAUAUGGAGCAGCGACACGCUGUCAUCAAGCAGAAGGAUGUGAUUUAUGAUGAUUCAUUGCUGGAGUUUAACAUGGAGGCCCCAAACGGUGUUGUAAUGGAAGGUUACUUGUACAAACGAGCAAGCAACGCCUUUAAAACGUGGAACAGACGGUGGUUUUCCAUCCAGAACAAUCAGCUGGUGUACCAGAAAAAGCUAAAGGAUAAUCUCACUGUGGUGGUGGAAGACCUUCGUCUGUGUACAGUUAAGACUGGAGCUGACAGUGAGCGACGAUUCUGUUUUGAAGUAGUAUCCCCCUCAAAGAGCUGCAUGCUUCAGGCUGACUCUGAGAAACACCAGCAAACUUGGAUCCAAGCCGUACAGUCGAGCAUUGCAACUGCGUUUAAUGAGAGGCGAGAGGACAAUUACUCGAAGUUGGAGCGUUCGGCAACCAUGUCUCCAGGCGUUUUUGAUUUCCCCAGUGAAGCAAAACCAGGGAAGGAGAAGGUGCUGGAACAAGUGCAAAGCAUUCCUGGCAAUGCCCAGUGCUGUGACUGUAAUGAGCCAUUGCCAGAAUGGGCCAGCAUCAACCUGGGAAUCACUCUCUGUAUCGAAUGCUCAGGGAUCCACAGGAGCCUAGGAGUGCAUUUUUCCAAAGUCCGAUCACUGACUCUUGAUUCCUGGGAACCUGAAUUGCUGAAGCUAAUGUGUGAGCUGGGGAACUCUAACAUUAACCAGAUCUACGAAGCUCGAAUUGAAGAUAUGACAGUGAAGAAACCUCACCCUGGAUCUCAUCGGCAGGAGAAGGAAGCCUGGAUUCGGGCCAAAUAUGUGGAAAAGAAAUUCAUUCAGAAGUUGCCUGAAAGUGCUGUUAGGUUGCAUAAAGGCAGCUUAAAACCUAACCAACGCACCAGCACAUCAGAAAAACCACCAAAACCAGAAAAACCUCCCAAGCCCUUCAUGAAGCCUCGGGGAAAAGAAAUUAAUGACAAAGGACCCUCAGCCAUCGAGAGCAGUGAAGAGCUGCGAGACCUCCAUCCAGGGGCACUGCUUUACCGAGCUGCUGCACUCCAAAAUCUACCUGUCAUGGCCGAUGCCCUGGCACACGGGGCUGAUGUCAACUGGGUGAACACAGCGGACGAGAACAAAACUCCACUUAUCCAGGCAGUAACACCGGGUUCCUUGGUGGCCUGUGAGUUUCUGCUGCAGAAUGGUGCCCAAGUAAACCAGAUGGACAUCCACAGCCGUGGUCCUCUCCACCAUGCCACUAUCCAUGGACACACUGGUCUGGUGUGUUUGUUCUUGAAACGAGGAGCAAGUCAAACUGCAGUGGAUGAAAAUGGGAAGAACCCAAUUACAAUUGCCAUUGAUACUGCGAAUGCAGACAUUGUGACAUUGCUUCGACUUGCCAAAAUGAAUGAGGAGAUGCGGGAAGCAGAAGGAGUCUUUGGACAGUCAGGAGAUGAAACAUACAACGAUAUUUUCCGAGAUUUCUCACAAAUGGCGUCUAACAACCCAGAGAAGUUAAAACGCAAAAGCCAUGAGCUCAGAACCUCAACACUUUAGAGUUGCUAUGUGCCAGUUACCUGUGGGAAUGGCAGUAAAAUGGCUCCUUCUCCUAAGCUCAAUCCUUCAGCGCAAUAGAGUGAAAAGCAAGAUAGAAUGGCCACACAAAGCUGGCAGAGUUUUAAAUGGUUUUAUUGUCCCAGUGAGGAACCCAAUUCCUUUUCCAGCAGUGGGGGAAGCAGCCAUCUGCCCUCCCCUCUUGACAGCAAACUUACCAAUUCCCCAAGCUUCCAGACCACAGAACUUCUCAUCCCCAUCCGAGAGCUGUUCCCAGAUAGAAACUCAAUCCCUGCUCCCAUUACUUCCCAGAUAUUUCAAUCUGCAGAUCCAAACAGACUUUAAGGUUCUGGUUCAGAACUAAGAGACAUUCUUUUUCCACUCUGAGCCUCUCUGCACUGCCCUCAGGUUCCCCAACAUUCUCAUGCCCAAUGCAGGAUCCAUUAGAUUCAGAAAUACAAGUCUAGAUUGAGAAGAAAUUAUGUUAGGUCUGAGACAAAAGUUACAUUGUUAUAUAGUUUACUUAUAAUUUUAAAAGAAAUCUUUUUAUUACAUUAGUCUGUAAUAUAUUUAUAUUAAAAUAGAGCUUUGCUUGAGAGUUUAAAAAAAAUAAAUCUUUUUUUUAAUAUAUAGCUCUGGUUUACAUGUUUUGUAGUUACCUAGGCAAUGAGGCAGGGCAAAAUUUUAACAUAACAGGUUUCCAAUAAAUCAA